UUAAAAUCGGUCUAUCCAGUAUCCAAAAAUCACUUAGCGGUUAGCUUAAAAGGUGUUUUUAUUUAUUAUUUACUUACUUAUACACCCACUGUCGCAGAUUCACUGUUAUGGUAAUUUCUUUGUAAUUUUAUCCAACUUUUCCCCGUUGUGCGGAUUAACUCAUCAAGAUGAACAUGCUCAGAAGAGGACCUCCGAGUCUGGAUGCUGAGAGAGAAUCAUUUGAAAAAACUCAGAUGAUGAGCAUACAGAAAGCAAUAAACACUAUGGAAUGUGCAGCAAAGGAAAAACAUGUUCGAAAUGCUAUAUUGGGUACUUACCAAGAAAAAGGAGGACAAAUGUUCUGGCAUGUGGUUCGUCGCUUACCUCUUUCAACCCAGUCUAUUGUUGCUUGGAAAUUCUGUCAUGUUCUUCAUAAAGUAUUACGAGAUGGCCACCCCAAGGUUUUAAAAGAUUCUAUUAAAUAUAAACAACAAUUAAAAGAUCUGGGCAGAAACUGGGGACAAACACAGGGCUACGGACGAUUGAUAGGUUGUUAUUUAAAAUGUUUGACUUCAAGAAUGGACUUUCACUCCAAGUAUCCAUCUUUUCCUGGAAGUUUGUCAUUAUCUGACGAAGAAUUGGAAAAUAUCGGCAAGCUCGACAUCAACACUUUUUUUGAAUUGAGCGUUGAUAUCCUUGACUGCAUCGAUGUUUUAAUGGACCUCCAACAAACAAUCUUCAGCACUCUGGAUAUGUCAAAGGCAGUUUCAAUGACUGGACCUGGCCAAUGUAGAUUAGCGCCUUGUAUCUUAGUUAUUCUUGAUUCAAGUCAACUCUAUGAUUACACAGUGAAGUUAUUAUUCAAACUACAUGCCUGUUUACCCGCUGACACAUUAAGUGGCCACAGACACAGAUUUAAGGAAUGCCAUGCCAGGUUAAAGAAGUUUUAUUACAUCUGUAGCAAUCUGCAAUAUUUCAAAAGACUGAUUCAAGUCCCACUGAUGCCAGAUAAAAUGCCGGAUUUUCUCAUCCAAUCAGACGGAAGCCACGAACUGGGACCAAUCAGAGUCCUUCCUGAGGAAGAGAACCACGUUGAUAGGUCGCCCUCUCCUGAACCUGAGGUGGCAGUUGCACCACUGAUAGAUACAAACUUUGACGAGUUAUUUGGUGAAUCCGACGCCACAUUCAGUUUCAAUGGGACCUCCACCCCCCAACCUGACCCCAGGGACGUAGAGAUACAUAUGCUGAAGUUGGAAAUCGAAAGACUGAAAGCUGAAAUCGAACUCAUGCAAAGUGAACAUUCCAGCGAAGUCCGGAGCUUGCUGGACAGGAUCAAGAUUCUUCAGCAAGAGCUGGAGGAGAGUCGACUAAUGUCGAAAGAUGCUUCGGAUGAACUGAGCAAGAUCAGGAAGCAAGCAGAGGUUGCGGAACAACAAGCAGAGUCGGCCGUCAAAGCUCAGAGUCUUCUACAUGAUAUUGAGAAAAGAGCAGCUGGCAAUGAAGAAAUGUAUAAAAAGUUAAAAGAGAAGCAUCUAGCUUUGGUGAAAGACCAUGCAGCUUUACUAAGGAAGAAUGCCGAUACACGAAAGCAAGCAGAUACUUUACAACAAAGUGCAGGUGAGAUUGAAAGCGACAGGUCACGCUUGCUUGCUGAUGUGGAUCGUCUUACUUCAAUGGUGGAAGGCCAGAAGAUGAGUUUAAGUGAAGAGGAAAGGAGGAGGAAAGAGGAGAGAGAGCGGAUUCUCGCUAUGGCAGCAGAAGAAGCAGGUCACAUGAUCAAGAUUGCGAUUGAAUCGCUCGACAGCGACAUGAGUGGCAGUCGAACAUGCAGUGCAUCGUCACUCAUGCGUAUCGUCGAACGGACCAAUCAGAGCUUGGAUCGUUUGGACAAAGAUUCAAAGUCUUUCGAAGAAUCGCAAGAAAUUGAUGGAAUCGUUCAGUCUGUGUCUGGAUUUGGUCAUUGGAUGGCACAGACGAUAGAAAGUGGUGGUGCGACUUGUAACAUGGCACCUGAGAGCCAGGGUGAAGUAUCUAGCCCCACAAAAUGGCGGAAUCAUUUAUUUGACACAGUUAUGGCUUUGCAAAAAGCCUGCAGGAGUUGUGGGGAAGAAACUCUCACGUUUCUUGAUGAUCUGAAAACGCCAAGCAAAACAUCUGACAGCAAAAUUACGAGAGAAAAACUGGACAUGAUAAUGAGCACGGCCAAAGAGCUGCUCCCAAAGAUGAGCGAUGUAAGAGGAGGAGAUCUUCAUGAUCUCGUGGAGCAGGAGAUGGCAUCGACCACUCAAGCUGUCGAGCAAGCAGCUGAGCGCAUAGAGGCGUUGCUCAAUGAGGCGCGACAACGAGACACAGGGGUCAACUUAGAGGUCAACGAAAGGAUCCUGGAUUCAUGCACAGAGCUGAUGAAAUUCAUUCAAAUUCUCAUUUCUUCCUCUAAGGAUCUUCAGCGAGAAAUUGUUGAGCAAGGAAGAGGUGCUUCAUCAACCACAGAGUUUUACAUGAAGAAUUCUCGUUGGACAGAAGGUUUAAUAUCGGCUGCUAAAGCUGUUGGUUGGGGGGCUACUAUGCUAACAGACGCAGCUGACUUAGUGAUCCAGGGUGAUGGAAAAUUUGAGGAGCUGAUGGUUUGUUCGCAUGAAAUAUCGGCGUCCACUGCACAACUUGUGGCAGCUUCAAGGGUAAAAGCUGGCAAAAACAGCACAAAGUUGAAAACUUUGCAAAGUGCUUCACGCAAUGUGAACGGAGCCACAGCAAAAGUAGUUGCUUCCACGAAUGCAGGGAGAAGACAACUGGAUGAAGUGUCCGAGUCUUUGGAAGGUUUGGCGUCUGUCACUUUAACACAGAUCAAAAGAAAAGAAAUGGAUUCUCAGGUGAAAGUGUUGGAAUUGGAACAAGCAUUACAACAAGAACGAGUGAAACUUGGAACACUGAGGAAGAAACAUUACGAGCUCGCUGGAGCAAAAGAUGAGGAGGAAGAAGAAGAGACUCCCAUUCCUCCUGUAGAAAACAGCAACAACAACAACAACGUGCCUACCAAACCCCCACUAGCACAAAAACCAGUAAUACCGCCCAAACCAGUGGAAACGUAAAAAGAAAAUGAAUAUAUAAGAAAUGCAGUGCAAUUUGUAAUCUAACUCUUACUUUUAUGUUAGGACGCGGAUUUUUUUUCGUACGUUUUUUCGUGUGCACUUUUUUUGUAUUUGAUUUACGAGUGUACGGUAAAAGCUGAGGUGUUGGUUGUUUUUUGCGAGAGUGCUCUUACUGUUGCAUUUUCCUGAUAGCUGUAGUGAAAAGGAACGCAACUGCAGAGCUCACGGCAUUUGUACAUUUUUUACACAAACUGUUGUCUUUUUAAUGUAAAACACUUUUUCGUCAAAGAAAAAAAUCUUCGCAUAAUCUUUUUUAACAAAAAAAUUCUUUGCAAAAUAUUUUGCAGAGAACUAAAAAUAUUUUGUCGAAGAACAAAAUUUUUCCCGAGAAGCAAAAUCCCGCUUUUUAAACCUAUCUUAUAAAAUCUGCCUUUUCAAAAAAAUUCAAAUUUUUUUCGUAACAACUUUCACUGCGAAUUUAUCUUCCUGUUUCGUGUCUUUGCUAGAGUGUAUCUUCUCUGUUGGUUAAACAAUGGCUUUUAUUUUCAUGUAUGUUAGUUUAUUAGAACUCUAAUAAUCAUCGUGUAUUUUAAACCAUUUCGCAUCAUUUCUGUACAAGAUAAAAAUCUCCUGUUUUAUAUAGUAGGGUGGGGGAAGAUGAGACACCUUAACCACUUAAUAUCCAAAUAUCCUAAUCGUGUUUUAAAUAAUUAACAACGGUCUAUUGGAGUCGUGAGGAUACAGUUUUAUAAUUCUUUGAAUGUUCUUUGUUUACUACCAAAUGGGAUGAAAAAAUCUAAAAAGUGUCCCAUCUUUCCCAUCCUACUAUACUACGGUAUAAUAGCCUAUAUAGUAGGGUGGGGUAAGAUGGACCAUGUUUUAUUCUAUUUCUCGUUCAUUCGGUAGUAAACAAAGAAUAUUUACAGAACUAAAAUACUCUGGUCCCACGACUCUAAAAAUGCGCUGUUAAUUGUUUAAAACGCGAUUAUGAAAUAUGGGAUUUAGGUGCUAACGGUAUUCCAUCUUACCCUACAGUGCUAUAUAUAUAUUCUAGUAGGCCGUUAUAUCCCGCUGUUAGUAUACCGUAUACUAUACUGCUGUGUUUACAGCUUCCAUUUCGAUGCUUUGCCCAUAUUGGCCCACAAAGAUAUAUUUCAAUUUUUUCGCAGUAAUAUUCUCUUUCAGGUUUUUUUUAAUGCAAAAGGGUGCUGGUGUAAAAAGCGAACUUUUGGCCGCAGUUUCGUCAAGUUUUCCCCACGCUUCAUUCUAUCUAUGUAGAUAACAGCAUCUCUUAACACAGUACACAAUAACACAUGAAACUUUGUAUCUA